UAAAAUUCAAGUGUCAUUCAUCAUUUGUUUACAUCAGAACGUCAAAUUCCAUGUCCACAAAACAAAGCACAUACACACUUAAAUACUAAGUAAAAUAAAAAUCGGCAACAAUAGAACGGAUAGAAAAUGAAUGCUAUUCCUUUUAACCUAGAGGAUUACAAAGUUAUCACUGCCCCGGAGACUGCUUACUAUAUAUCAGAGUUUAUUUCACCCGCCGAAGAAAAAGGAAUUUUGACGAAUAUUUACGCUGCACCAAAGCCAAAAUGGACGCAACUGUCGAACCGGAGAUUGCAGAACUGGGGUGGAAUACCGCACAAUAAUGGCAUGAUAGCCGAGCCAAUACCGCCGUGGCUGGAUAAAUACCUCGACAAAAUACACACACUCGAUGUUAUGGACGGGAAAAGACCGAACCAUGUGCUGGUCAAUGAGUAUUUACCGGGACAGGGUAUCAUGCCGCAUCUAGACGGAUCAUUGUUCUAUCCGACCAUUACUACAAUAUCAGUUGGUUCGCACAUAGUAUUGAAUUUCUUGGAGCCCACAGAGGAUAACACCAUUAAUACAGAUCCUGUAUUUUCAUUUCUACUUGAGCCUAGAAGCCUGUUGAUAUUACAAGAUAAGCUGUAUACUCAGUACCUGCAUUGUAUAGAGGAAAUAAAGGAAGACUUGUUGGACGAGUCCAUAGUGAACAUCAACAUGUGUUCAGACAAGUUUGUAAGACAUGCUACAGUGACCAGAGAAACUAGACUGUCAUUAACUAUUAGAUAUGUGCCAAAAACUACUUCAUUUAAAAUUAAUCUUGGCAAUAGAAGAUAGUAUUUAAUUAUUUUUAUAGAUAUUUAUUUAGGGCUGCUAAUUGAAUGAAACUUAACACAAAAGUCAAUGUUCUGAUUGUGAAAGAAUUUUACUCCCUUUUAAUCUUGCUUAAAUCAGUACAUGCUUUUAAGCUUAGUUUAUAAGUCUUGAACAAAAUGUUUCUAAAGUAAGACUUGAAACAAUUGUAAUGUUUACAAACUAUUAAAAGGAAUUUAAGGAUUUAAAGUAAAAACUAUUUGCUUGUAGUGAUAUGGGUACCUAAAUUCAUCAUUCAAAUGUUAUUUUUAUACAAAUCUAGAUGGUUUAUAUUUUUACACAAAUUAAAGAAUGAAUAUUA